AUGAGUGCAUCGUCCCGCCUCUGCGGUGUCCCCGCGCCCUAUGCCCCCGCCCCCCCCUGUCCCCCCCCAACCCCGUUCAUCCUUACUUUCCUCAAAUUUCACACUCCUCGUACUGUGCCCCCUUGCCCCUUACACUCCCCCCCGCCCCCGGCGUCCCCUCCCCCCUCCCUUAGCACCCCUCGCCGGAUCCCGCCAGCACCCUUCCUCGCCCCGCCCGUAUACUACCCUGCCACCGCCCUUCGCCCCCCUAACCGUGCCAGGGCCCCCCGCCACCCAGCCGACACGGGGGACCACAACUCUCCCAACUACCCUACCGGCACACGAGCACACCUACCGCACCACCCGCCAGCAAGUAACCACGACGUCCCCCCCUCCCCCGGUGAGCGCGUCGCGAACACACCCCAUGGCGGUGCCGACCCUGUCGGUUUCGAACCUCAACGAUGCGCUACCAACCCCCUUUUGCCAUGCCCCUAUAGCCGCGCCGUUCAGCGGGCUGGGCCCCCCACCCACCGACCGAUACACCGGACUCCGUCCCCACCCCACACCCGCUUCAUGCCUCGUCGGCCCACAGCCCGAGGGUCCUGCCUCUGGUCUCCAGCCCUCGUCUCCACGCGGUUUGCCACUUUGGAUGUCUCCAGGACCCCCCUCAUUACUAUCACCGUACCGCCUCCCUGGCAGGAGGGCGCAACCCUCCCCGUCCCAAUUCACUCCGAUAUACCAACACCCAUUUGCCCCCCUCCAAAAGACAUCAACCUCGUCCUCUCCCACGCGGACCCCCCCACCCACGCCUGUCCGCCCCACGUCGCGGACCUCCCCCCGCCUGCAAUCCCCGUAAUACAGGGUUCGGGCGCGCGCUCGUCUCUCCGCCGCAUCUAA